AACGUCAAAAAUCUGUUUAGUGUGUCAAGACGAUUUUUUUUGCGUUUUUCAUCGUCGCGAUCGAUUUUCGCGAUUUUUGUGAUUAGUCUCGGAAAUACUUUAAAAUCCACCACCUGCAACCAUGGCCGGUGGAUCAUCGCGGAUCCCCAUCUCGAUGCUGCUGCAGGACAAAACCAGCGUGCCGGAAGAUGACGAGGAACCGAAGAAGAAAUCCCGCGAGGAUUGGCGCAAGGCCAAAGAGCUGGAGGAGGCCCGAAAAGCGGGAACGGCCCCGGCUGCGGUCGACGAGGAAGGCAAGGACAUCAAUCCGCACAUUCCGCAGUACAUCAGUUCGGCCCCUUGGUACUACAACACGGCCGGGCCAACGUUGAAGCACCAGCGGCCGCAGGAUGAUCGGAAGCAGGAGUUCUCCGGGAUUGACGAGUGGUACAAGCGCGGGGUGGACACCACCAAGGUGGUGACCAAGUUUCGGAAGGGGGCCUGCGAGAAUUGCGGUGCGGUGACUCACAAGAAGCGGGACUGUAUGGAGCGGCCGAGGAAGGUCGGAGCGAAGUUUAAUGGGGCGAAAAUCGCCCACGAUGAGUUCGUGCAGCCGAAGAUUGUGGCGGAUUAUGAUGGGAAACGGGACCGGUGGGCUGGGUACGAUCCGGCCAAUCACCGCGAGAUCGUGGAAGAGUAUCAGAAAAUUGAGCACGCGAAGCGCGAGCUACGGGCGCAGAAGCUGAAGGAGAAUCCGGAUCUGGCAGAUGAGGAAGGGGAGGAUGACGAGGAUAAGUACGUGGACGAGGUGGACAUGCCGGGCACGAAGGUCGACUCGAAACAACGGAUCACGGUUAGGAAUCUGCGUAUCCGAGAGGACACGGCAAAAUAUUUGCGCAAUUUGGAUCCAAAUUCGGCGUACUACGACCCGAAGACGCGAUCCAUGCGUGACAAUCCGAAUCCGAAUUUGCAUCCGGAGGAAACGGACUUCGCGGGGGAGAACUUUGUGCGAUAUUCGGGCGAUAUCCAGAAGCAUGCCCAGGCACAGCUGUUUGCCUGGGAGGCGCACGGAAAGGGGGUGGAUGUUCACGUUCUGGCGGAACCGACCAAGCUGGAGCUGUUGCAGAAGGAGUAUGAGAAGAAAAAGGAUCAGUUUAAGGACGAGGUGAAGAACACAGUGCUGGAUAGAUAUGGCGGGGAGGAGCACUUGAAUGUCCCUCCGAAGGCGCUGUUGCUGGCACAGACGGAGCAUUACGUGGAGUAUAAUCGGUUCGGAAAGGUGGUUAAAGGGGAGGACAAGCCAAUCAUCCGCUCCCAGUAUGAAGAGGAUGUGUUCGUCAAUAAUCAUGCGAGCGUUUGGGGUUCUCACUGGAAGGACGGAGUAUGGGGUUACAAAUGUUGCGAGUCCAGCAUAAAAAAUUCGUACUGCGUCGGAGAUAAUGGGAAGUCGUCUGGUGGCUUGGCCAGGCCUCCGAUGGAUGCCGAACCGAUUGCGGGUCCUUCAAGGAUUGUCACGUCUGAAUAUCAGAAAGAUGUGCCAGCCAGCGGUCAGAAGCAGCAGCAGUUGAAGCCAGACGAAGACAAGAAAGAAGAAUCUGGAAGUAGUAGCAGCAGCAGCAGUAGCAGUGAAUCAUCGUCCGACUCGGAGUCGGAGGAAGAGCAGCGCAAGAAAUCCAAGAAAUCGAAGAAGAAGCGCAAGAAGGAGAAACGUCGAUUGAAGCGAGAGGAGAAGAAACGGCAGAAGCAGGCGGAGAAGGCAAAGGUGAAGGACAAACUGCAGCUGGCGUUGAUGGCCGAGGAGGAGCACCAGAAGCGUGCCGCCGUGCUGCUCAAGAUGGACGAACGGAAGCGACCGUACAACAGCAUGUACGAAGCGAAGGUCCCCACGGAGGAGCAGAUGGAGGCGUACCAGAUGAAGCGACGACGGGAUGAAGAUCCGAUGCUGCAGUUUAUGGAUAAGUAAGAUCUUGGUUUAGUAAAUGUGAGUGUAAGUAAGAAUAAUGCUAUUA